UACAAAAAAUUUGUUCAUACAGUUUCCAAUCUGUGAGCAAGCUGUUCGGUUGUGGUUCAUCAGUUUUGCAAGAAAAAAAAAAGAAAUUCGCAAAGCUAACUUUCUAAACAAGAAAACAUCUUUGAACGUCCUGAUUAACUCCAGACACACAACAAAUUCGUUACAAUGGCACCAAAACAAAUGAUGAAAAUCGCCAACGAGAAGGCCAGCAAAUACAUCACGAUGCGAGGAAAUGUACCCAAGACAUCGAAAAGCAAAGAAGAUCAAUAUCCAGUUGGUCCAUGGUUGCUGGCACUCUUUUUGUUUGUCGUUUGUGGUUCAGCUAUCUUCCAGAUCAUCCAAUCGAUCCGUAUCGCAUAAAUAACUUGAAUAUCAUAAAUUUUUUGAAUUGACCUGCCUAAGUUUCUAAACUUUUUUUUUGUAAAAUCAAGAGAAUUUUUUUCGUUUAUAUUUUUUACUGUUAAUUUUAAAAAAAAUUAAAAAAAAAAUGGGAAUUUAAGUAAAUCCGUCUAUACUCAUAAAUGAAAUCAAAAUUUUUUUUAUUUCUUGUUUCGGUUGAUUCGGUACGAUAAUCGGGUCGUGUCGUUUUUCUCGGUGUCAAUGACUAGGAAUUUUAUUUCGGAUUUCUUUUCGACAUAAAACCAAAGCUAUUCGUCGGCCUACAGGUGUGGUCAUUUAAGUUUUCCAACCGUUUUCCAAUUAAUGUUUUGGUUUUAGCCCGAGGAAAGUGGUUUCACUUAAUUGUUCUGAUCGGUAUUAAAUUGCAAGCAUCACUGGCCCUUAAAUGGCCCAAAAUGUUGAUGCGAUGUGUGGUUUGAAAAGCUUUCGUUUUUGGAAUGGAAUUUGAUCAUUUGAUAUUCCAAAAGCAAAUAUCACCAACAACGGCUUGGGCCACUUCAGGCCAGUGAUGCUUGAUAUUUAAUAACUUCCCUCGGACUAGCCGGCUACAGGAACCCGAUUAUCGAUAAAAUUUAAUUUAUUUUUUGUGUCAAACUUUUCAACGUAAUUCAGUUGUAUUGAUGAGUUGAAAAUGUUGGCAGGAAAAGGGUAUGAAACAUUUCAAAUUACCCCAGUUAUAAUUUAACAAAAAAUUUUAUUUGAAAGAAAUUGCUGAAGCACAAAAACUUAUUAUGAACACACAUCUUCAACGCAAGUCCCAUCAUCACAAACUCCCAAUAAAAAACCAAUGGGACUGGUGCGUGAUGGACUUUGAUUUGUCAAUCAUUUAAUCGCAUGUAAAUAAACAUAAAUAACUCAAAACAAUUUUCAGAAGAAUCAAACAAGAAAUUGAAAUUGAAA